CUGCCAAGUUGGAUUUUACGGGAAGCGCAUGCUUGUCUGGAGCCGUCGUUAAUAAUCCAGCAAUUUAUGAAUAUUGAACUCUUUUUUUUUAAAUGGUUGGUAGCGUGGGUAGGGCGCAGGCUUAAUUCUUAUUGUGGUAAGAUUUAAUCCAGUGGCUACAUGAAUCAUAGGAGCUCAUAUUGACGAGUUUUGAGCAAUCUGCUAGCUACUUACUGCUUUGUAUUGCUAGUAACUAGCCUCAUAAUAACUCAUAACAUUGGUUGUCCAAUGCCUAGUUAGCUAGUUAAAUGGCGGCUAACCACUGAGCCCACCGUUGUGUUACACGUUAACAAACCACGGCUGGGAAACUAAUAAAAGUAAGCGGAACAAGUAAGUUAGCUGGUGGAUUUGGUGACCUUCCCGACUCCUUUGAAUGGAAACGUAAUAGUAUCGAACCUGAGCGUCAUUCCACACAUUUAUUUGGACUUUUAUUUUUCAUUUAACAUUAAAUUGCAAUAUGCCUCGCCGUUCUGUGGCACACUUGAUGUGUUUUGGAAAUCAGGUGGCACAUGGAAGCUUAGUUCACACGUCAUCUCGCAACUUCUCUUCCAAACCAAAAUAUGGAUUCAAACCCGGGAAAGUAGCAGUGGUUACCAAGACGACCCGGUAUGAGUUCGAACAACAACGUUAUCGCUAUGCAGGUCUCUCUGAGGAGGAUUUGAAACAGCUGCUCGCUAUGAAGGGUUCCAGCUACAGUGGCCUGCUGGAAAGACAUAACAUCCACACGAACAACGUGGAGCAUAUUGUGAAAAGCCUACAGAAAGAAGGAAUUGACGUGCAAGUGGUGAAGAGGGGUGAAUAUGAUACAGAAGUAGUGCAAUGGGCAGAUGCCAUCAUCUCUGCUGGAGGUGAUGGGACAAUGCUACUUGUUGCCAGUAAGGUUUUAAGCAAGGACAAACCAGUUGUCGGCGUAAACACAGACCCUGAGAGGUCAGAAGGUCAUCUGUGCUUACCUGUUAAGUACACUCGCAAAUUCCCAGAGGCACUUGGGAAACUCUGCCGUGGUGAGUUCAGGUGGCAGUGGCGGCAGAGGAUUCGACUGCACCUUGAGGGCACCGGCAUAAAUCCCACUCCUGUAGACCUGCAUGAGCAGCAGCUGAGCCUGGAGCAGCACAGCCAAGCCCAUCGCAUCAGCACCAUGCACAAAAAACACAAGAUGGGAAUGCUGAAUGAGAGCUUCUCUCAGGCCAGUCUUCUUCCCAUCAGGAGCCUGAACGAAAUCUUCAUUGGAGAGUCUUUGUCCUCCAGGGCGUCCUACUAUGAGAUCUCAGUGGAUGACGGCCCUUGGGAAAAGCAGAAGAGCUCAGGGCUUAGCAUUUGCACAGGAACAGGAUCCAAAGCCUGGUCUUAUAACAUCAACAAACUUGCUGAACAAGCAGUGAAUGAGAUCCUAAAAAUAGGAAAAUAUGAGACUGGCCUUGAUAUUCCACUAAACCCUCAACUCAUUGAGAAGGUUACUGACGCGUACAACGAGUCACUGGUGUUCAGUCCCGAGGACAGACGUUUGUUCUUCAGCGUUCGAGAGCCGAUCGUCAACAGAGUGUUCUCCAGCAGCCGGCAGAGAGGCUUUGCUAGCAAAGUGUGUGUUCGCUCUCGGUGCUGGGACGCGUGCAUGGUGGUGGACGGCGGGACGUCGUUCGAGUUCAACGACGGUGCCAUCGCAACGAUCAGCAUGAGCGAGGAGGAUCAGCUCCGCACCGUACUUCUGGAUAACUGAGAGACACCGGCUUCUCCUCCGACACGUAGCCACUACUGCAGUACUCGCUUGGAGCGUGGGUUCAGGGAAGUACCGGUCUUUUAUUUAUUACACCCCCACCUCCCUCCCUUUUCUAUGUGGAAGUGGAGAAAGUUUGUCAAGAUAUUUUUGGAACAUAGUUUGAAUUUUUGUAGCUAAAAAGUGAGAGAGGUGUGAAUAAAUUGCACUAAGUAGAAGACACCAUAGGGAAAGGGUGUCCAAUGUGCGGCCCGGGGGCCACUUAAGCUAUUUUUUUAUUACCCCUCCACAGUCUAAAAACAUAAUUUAACAAGAAAACAAAACAACAGCAAAAAUGGACAAAUCAGCAGUAAUUUUACUAGAAUAAAGUCAAAAUAUUAACAAAAAAAGCAAUAAUCCAAUUUAAAAACAGUUGCAAUUUUAUGAAAAUAAACUUCUAUUAUUGUCAUUUUAGUAGCAUAGAGUUGAAAUAUAAAAAAAAAUGUUACUUUUUAAAAGUUGUAAUAUGAAAUAAGUUGUUGGAAAAUUAGGUUGGGGGAAAGGUUAUGUUAUGGGAGUUAAGUCAUCUAGCAAAAAGAACAUUCACAAAGACUAUUUAAGGAGGAAGUGGAAAUAUUUGGAAAGUUGUGGGGGAAAAAACAGCAAAAAUGGGGGGGGGGAAAAGCAAAGACCAAAGUUUUUUUCCAUGUUUGUCACACUUAAAUGUUUCAGAUCAUCAAACAAACUUAAAUAUUAGUCACUGACAACACAAAAUGCAGUUUUUAAAUGAAACUUUUCAUUAUUAAUGGAGACAAAAAACCCAAACCUACAUGGCCCUCUUGACCUUAAAAAGGCAGUUCAUGUCAGUGUGGCUGAAUUGCAACAAUUCUGCAAAGAUGAGUGGGACAAAAUUCCUCCACAGCGCUUUAAGAGACUCAUUGCAAGUUAUCACAAACGCUGGAUUGCAGUUGCUGCUGCUAAGGGGGGCCCAACCAGUUAUUAGGUUUGGGGGGCAAACACUUUUUCACACAGGACCAUGUAGGUUUGGGUUUUUCUCUCUCUUGGUAAUAAAAAGUUUCAUUUAAAAACUGCAUUUUGUGUUCCGUUGCGUUGUCAUUGACUAAUACUUAAAUGUUUGAUCUGAAAUGUAAAAUAAAAUAAAUAAAUACAAAUCAGUACACUUGUUCACAAAGCUGAGAUGCAGUUUUUUCUUGAAACCGAAAUAAGUUGUUAGCAAAAUAUCAAAGUGGCCCUUGCAUCCUUUCAUUUUUCUGUGUGGCCCCUCACUGGACGUUUGGACAUCCAUGGAGGACCAAAUGGGACACAAUUAAAUAAAUAAAAACAUCUUUAAAUUGUUAAUUAAAUGUGUCAUUAAAUCAAUAAAUAAAUCUUUCAAUAAUUGUCUUUAAUUAAAUCAAAUAAAUCUUUAAAUGUGUAAUUAAAUCAAUCAAUAACUAAAUAAAUGCUUCAAAUAAAUCUUUAAAUAAUUAAAUAAAAUACCAGUUCAUUUAAUGUAAAACCAUAUAUAAUUAUUUCACUAUUUAAUUAUGUCACUAUAGUGAAUUAUAUAUGGUUUUACAAUAAACUAACUGGCAUUUUAGUUAUGUAAUGACACAUUUAAUUAAAGAUUUCUUUAUUGAUUUAUUAAUUGAUUACACAUGUAAUUAGUUAUUUAAAGAUGUAUUUAUUUCAUUUUAUACCAUUUGGUCCUCCAUACCAUAGAGGUACUGCUGCUCCUUGCUAAAUGUUUGAUAGCAAAAGCAAUGUAGGUCAAAACUGAUUCACGUUUCUUUAUCAAGUGCUGUAUGUGGUUUAUUUUUCAAAGAUGAAAUCUGUCAUUUUUAAAAUAGCGCGUACUGUACAUGAAUAUACAUUGUAACAUCUCAAAAGUAUUGAGCCAUCUUUCCAUGACGUGCAAUGGAAUGUGCCAUCAGGGUCUUCCUUCUGAAUAAUGUCACUAUUUUCAAUAAAAACUCUUACACCUUUUUUUUUAAACUUCAUUUCACAUGCACACACACAGUACAUGUCAUGUUCAGAGAUGGUUGGAAAUCACAUAACAUAGCUGCCAGGUCCCUAAUCCUCUGAAAGCGAGAACUAGAGUAGUGGUCUUAAUAUUUCCCGUGGAAAGGUUGCUUGUGCGCUUUUAUUACAAUUUCAUUGAAUUCUUACAGUGUUUUAUGUCAUUACAUGUGUUUUGUGUAGUGUGACUGGCUAAGGAGUUAUUUAUAAGAUCAGAUUUUCACCAAAACCCGACUUCCAUCAGUGUUAAAGAACGGAACCCAAGGGCCACCUGGAUGGAGGUGACCUGUGAAAGCUAAUUCAAAGCAAAUCACCCUCAAACACACGGAAGCUUUAGGUACUCAGUGGUUUACUUGUUUGGCACAAUUGAAGGCAUAAAACAAAGUGUACAAACAUGAACUGUAACUUUACAACCAUGCUGAAAGGCUGCUAGAUCACUAACACGUUUACCUUUCAGCUGCAAUGAUCAUUUAUUGUAAACAAGUCAACGCGGCUAAAGUUCCAUCUUGGAAAAUAAAAACCUUAUAUUAAAAGUGACUGAUGGAGCAUCAUCAUAUCUUUUUCCCAUACAAAAACCCUCUUGAAUUUAAAAACGGUAAAACAUUCCAAGUGUUCAAAGAGCACAUAACUAGAUUCAUAAACAGAUGAUUAUCUCUACCUUAAAAAAACCUACAAACAUUCAUGUUUAAAAAGGCUGCUUUCACUUGGUCUUGAACAACAUGAAAGUGACAUCUCGCUUCAUGAAGACAAACAUCCCCACCACAAGCUUCAACUGAAAAAUCCCUACAACUUGAACCUCAGUCGACUUUUCCUGUUCCACAUGCUGAGGCCGCCCACAACGUCGGCAGGUGUGGGGCGGGCGAUGGCAGAGAAUGGCCAGGAGUUGAUGCAAAUGCCCGGGUUCUCUUUCCUCAGCACCGGCAGGUGGCUGUCGUUCACAAGGCCGAACACGUCCAGGUAAUGCAGCGUGCGGAAGGUUUUCCUGAGGUUGCUGCAAACGGAGCUCAAGUUAGUCGGCCACUCAAAACGCACCUGGUUGGUUGACGGCAAAGCUUACGUGAGGGCGGCGAUGUGAAUGUGGUAGCAGCGGCUCAAGGACAGAUGCAGCAGGUGUUGCAGCUCCGAGAGGACGGGGAAGCAGUCGGCCAUCAGCUGAGUACUGUCACUGGAACACAGGAAGAACUUACAGUAACCGCACCAAUACUGUGGUACCACACGACUACGAGGGCGUGUGUGGUGGUCCAAACCUGACCCUGUGAUGAAAGCACCGCUUCAGGUGCCUCAGCCCAGGAGCAAAAGCAAGCACACUUCAAAUAUAAGUGUACUUCCUCCACUAGGAAUGUGCUGCACAAAAUACAGCACUGUAGUAUUCCACUGUUC